CCGACAAAUGGUUUUCGUGUAAACCGUAGGGUGGGGUGGCGGUUUUUGAAAAAUUGUGAUAUUUUUGGAAUUUUUUUGGAUUGGGUGGUAUUUUUGGAAUUUUUUUUUAAACAGUGGUACUUUUGGGACCCGACAAAUGGUUUUCGUGUAAACCGUAGGGUGGGGUGGCGGUUUUUGAAAAAUGGUGAUAUUUUUGGAAUUUUUUUUUAAAUAGUGGUACUUUUGGAUUUUUUACCACGUUUGUUACAAAAUUUUGUAAAAAACUAAAAACUUUUAAGAGAAGGAAGAGAGGACAAAAGGAAAACUGGAAUGAACGAAGGAGGAAAGGUAGAUGAAAAUGACGGAAGCUUGGAUUCGUGCAGUCGUUGAAGCCAUCCACUCUACCCCUUCUCAGGCCGCAAUUUAUCUCUCCGGCGGCGCGUCUCAGAGUCUCGGGUUGUUGAUGUCCGUCCCCGGAGCUACCUCUACAGUCCUUGAAGCUCUGGUGCCAUACUCGAGAGUCUCUAUGGUUGAUUUACUCGGAAAGAUUCCUGCAAGUUACUGUAGCCAGCAAACAGCGGAGGAGAUGGCUUUGUUGGCUUACAAUCGGGCUCUUAAGCUCUCUUCCCCUGGUGCUCCUGUUGUUGGUGUGGGUUUCACUGGAUCUCUUGCAAGUUCACGUCCAAAACUUGGAGAUCACAGGUUUCAUUUAUCUACAAGAUCAUCUAACCGACUUUACGCGUCAACAGUUACAUUGUCAAAGGGAAUGCGAUCUCGAGAGCAGGAAGAUACAGUGUCAAGUCAAUUCUUACUGAAGGCCUUGUCAAAAGCAUGCAAAGUCGUCCAGCAAACAUCUGGUUCUCCCUUAUCUGAAUCAGACUCAUUGGAUGAACAUGAAAAGAAGUUCACAGAAGAUGAAGAGCUACAGCAAGUCAUAGACGGUCAAAUAUGCUUCAAGAUUUACCCAUUUUCAGAUUCACCAAAUGGUGAGAGAAAGAUCAUACUUCCUGGCUCUUUUAACCCUUUGCAUGAUGGUCACGUCAAGCUUCUGGAGGUCGCUACUAGCCUUUGUGGCAAUGGCUAUCCAUGCUAUGAAAUUUCAGCGAUAAAUGCAGACAAACCUCCUCUUACUGUAUCCCAAAUCAAAGAUCGGGUGAAGCAGUUUGAAAAUGUUGGCAAAACUGUAAUCAUUUCUAACCAGCCCUUUUUUUAUAAGAAGGCUGAGCUCUUCCCUGGCAGUGCUUUCGUCAUUGGUGCCGAUACAGCAGCAAGGUUGAUAAAUCCCAAAUAUUACGAUGGAAGCUAUGGAAAGAUGCUUGAGAUCCUUGGAGCAUGCAAAGCAAGAGGCUGCACUUUUCUUGUGGGUGGUCGAAGCACCGAUGGUGUUUUCAAGGUUCUUGGGGACUUGGAGAUCCCGGAGGAGUUGAAGGACAUGUUUGUGCCGAUACCAGCUGAGAUGUUCCGCAUGGAUAUUUCGUCCACCGAAAUAAGGAAGAGUCGAGGGAUGAUGUGAAGAACUUGAUGCAGAUGCAACUCCACAUGUCUUCUGCAGUUUGCAGUAAUAUAUGAAGUUUUUGUCCAUGCCAUUUUGUUGUACAGGUUUUCGAGUUUGGAAUUUCGGGUCCUCAAGUAAAAUUGCACACAGGAUGAGAUGAGUUGGAUUUGUAAGCUGUGCAGCUUUCACCCUUGCUAUAGAGAAUUCAAGCCCUCAAAUGAUUAUGGAGUUGUUUGAGCUCUGUAAAUGCUCAUCAACACAGCUUGUCAAGCUAAGUACAAGUUCGGCUCAAGAUGAGUUCGAUUUUAAAUCAUUCUUCCUGAAAGAUUUUACGCAUAAGAAUGUAAAUGAGUAAAAAGAACCAUAGAAACUAAAAAUAACAGCUAACUUCAAUACACAUUUGUAUUAGCGAGAUAAUUUUUCAUGUUCGGAGGAGUAAUUAAUCAUUCCACAAUCUCUAAUAAGCUCGUGAGCUUAGCUCAACAAGCCAUUGAGUCAAGCUAUCUCAUGAGCUUAUCAAGCUGAGUUUUUUACUAACGAGUUGGCUUGUCAAAUACCAAAUCAAGUGUCGAACGAAUUUUUUUCGAUUCGAUUUUCGAGUUGCUCGUGAGCGACUUGGUUCAUUUGCAACCAUAUCUACCAUGUGAGCGAAUGGUUGACUGAUUUUAUCAAUGUUUUAGGAACUAUAUCGUAUCGACCGAUCAAUCUAGAAAUAUUGGAUACUAAACCCAAACAAUAGACAAUUUUAAUAAUAUGAAACGAUUCAAUUACAAUUCAACCAUAAUUUUAAUACAAAAUAACUUAUCAUUAAAAUUUCCAUUAUAACUUUCGAUAUGUUUUCGCAUCAUUAUUACAAUCUAAAGCGACUUGAUGUCUCUGUUUUCUUGUAAAUUAAACGACUUUGUAUCUAGUUCUCUUUUUGUUACGUGUUACCCAAUUUACCGUUUCAUUAUUUUGUCGUUUGUGCCAACCGUUCUUCACCAACUCUUUCCCCACUUUCUCCUAUCGUCCUUUUGCUUAAUUUUUCUAAUCUUUUACUUUCCCGGGAACGCGCGAGUACAGCUGUUCCGAUUACCGCUUCCGAACAACCGCCGAUAUGAAAAACCAUGGCAGAGCAGAAGUCAUUAUCGAUUUCGGCUUCAUCUCCCCGACCGGCUCAGAAUCGAAAGCUCUAUCAGCGAAUCUUGUCUGCUACUGAGUUUUGCAGUUCGUGCUGGGGGAGAAACACAUGCAUCAGAAUGGGAGGAAGGUUUGCCGGCGAACGAAUUUUCUUGCCGGGAUUCUUCUGCUCGACCUGGGUUUUGGGGGCUCUUCCCUCCUUUUCCAUCUAUACUGGUACUCUUCACUGUCAAUUCUUUGUUUAGGUAAAUGGGUUCUCAAAGGUUGGGGUUGGUUGUCGGCGCCAGCCAGUCAGCCAGCCUUACAGGCCGUUCUGUCACUAUCUGUCGGUAUUGUCUGUAUCCCAACCAUGAUUCUCCCCCUUUCCCAUUAUUUAUUUACUCCGCCGCUCUAUUCUUUACCAACUCUACUGUAUUUUAAGCACUUGAAAACGGUCUCUGAAGAUUGAUUCAAUCUAAGUUCAAUGAUCGAAGGAAUAACAUUAUCAAAGUAAU